GUGAAUUUGUUCUGUUACUAUGUGAUUGCUAUGCCAAUCUCGUUCGGGACUGCGUUUGGGUUGAAUUGGGGAUUGUAUGGUUUGUGGAGCGGUGUUGCUCUUGCUUUGGGAUUCUCAUAGUUGCAUGACAUUUUCACUCUCUGGAUGUUGGGCAACAGCAACGGACUUUGAACAGAGAUUAAUCUUCUGAUCGACUUGAACACUUGUCACUUCAAGUCUUGAAAUACUUUUGAAACAUGAUCAUCACUUGAAUGAUCCAGCUGGUCCUAGAACAUAAUAACACCUCACUCAAUUUCAACAUCUCGAACAUUUUUAUCCCCACAAUACCUCGAUUCAAUCCGGACAAUGCUAACAUGCAAACCAGGGUCGCCGCACUCGAAGCCUUAUUCAUCUAUCGUGCCAACUGGGAGGAUUCAGUCGAAGCAGCAAAAUCCAGAAAUAACGCUGGAUAAUCCUGUCGGGAUUGCGGGC